ACUUUGCCCAACUUCAAUCAUCACUAUCAUCGCCUUUACCUUCGUCGCUUUCACCAAAAUGGCUCCAAAACUCCUUACUGAUCUCCCGUCAGAGAUUCGUCAGCAAAUCUUCAGAGAGUGCCUCAAGGUAGAUGGCGGUUAUGUCUACAAUGCCGAAACCGAUAAACUGACCAAUGCCGAUGAAGCCCGAACCCCGAUCGACCUCUCCCUUCGAUACACAUGUUGCUCCAUUGCAAGAGACACGACAACAAUUCCCCUAGCGGUCAACACUAUCCACUUCUCAACCAGCGAUAACUGGCGUAGCUUGGCCGGCUGCUUCAACCUCGUUGCUACUGCGUACUACAUCCUAGAGCAAGACUUGGUCUUUCACCUCGCUGAGUUCAUUACUCCAGCAAUGUUCGCCCAGAUUGACGCCAGGUUUCCGAGAUUCAGGUCUAUGUUUGAAUCAGAAUUGGCAAACCACAACAUCAGUAACCCCGUAAGGGACAGGCCCCGCUCGAACACCCCUAUCGCUAGGAUGCGACCUCCUCUCUGCCCAUGGGUUCAAUAUUUUUUUAAAUUAUACGUCGACGGUCCCGAUGUUUAUGGUCCUUUUGCCCUCUGUAGCUUUGCUGAUGCACAUGAAGGCGAAUACAUGGACCCAUUGCAUCGCUUAGGCCGAGGCUCACAUGAAAGAUGGCAAGAGCAAUCUGGGGACGUUCGAGAUGCGCUCACGUAUUGCCUGGGGCUCAUCGCCGAAAAGGCACCAAGAGAGUUUGACAACCAUGUAUACAAGACCUUGCCCCACUGGGUUGGCAAGUACCAGUCGCAAGAGUUUCUGAGGCUCAAGUUCAACCUCUGGCAUAUUCCUUCGAGGGAGGAGGUCACCCAUGCAUUGGCUCUAUUAAACAUUCACGAAUUCGUGUGGAAGCUGCCUGAAAUUUGGACAUAUCCACUCGGGUUCUACAAGGAACUUGGCGAUGUCCCCAGUAAACCACGUCUGGAAAACGCCGAACGAGGUCAAUACGCUGCCGAAUAUGAUAAUCCCAUGAGAUUGGUCGAUCAUUUUGAUUAUCGCUAUCUCAACAAGAUAAGGUUCUCUGCUACUGCCACAGCAAUACGUUUCCUCAACAGGCUGCCCGCUGAGCAGCGAACCCAGAUCCGCAAACUCGCAUUGCAUGAAGACUCUCCAUCAGUCAACAUGCCUUCACUUCACGCCCAGGGCCUGGUCCCUUUAUUUAAGGAGAAUCCCUUACUUCGAGUGGAACGCCGGGCCAGUCUUUUUGGCUGUAUCGACAACUUCGCGGGGCCGCAUACGGACUGGAAAACUCGAGCCAAGACCAAUCCGUUUUAUGGCCCCUCCUUCCUCUCAAAAUUACAAUCCUGGCUUAUUGACGCUCUUGCUAUGCGGGACUUGGAUGUUCCCGCAGGUUCUUUUAUCUUUACUCUGGAGGGCGGGACCCAUGGCGAAUUUUGCACCGACGUUUUCCAGAGGUGCGUUCUCAUGGGCAUUGCCGAGGGCGAGGCAUUCAAUAAAUGCUGUGAACUAGGCCUUUUCACAUCUAUAGAUUCGAUUUCUGGUAACCCGGAUUACGUUCCUCUUGAUCCCAGAUUCAAGGAGGCGAUUGAACAUUUGGUGAACCAGACAUCGAUCUUGCGUUCUGAUUUUAGCCCUGGAGUUCCGGUAGACCCUGACACAUUGGUCGAGGAAAGUAAAGGAUAUGAUGACGUGGAAGACCUUGUUGAGAGAUGGGAAUGUGGAGCAAGAUACUUAAGCUGCAAAAUGCCUCCUGAUCUAUUCUACGAUGUUAUGCUACCUGCCAAAUGUGACCUUCAGACCAGGGAACAGUAUAUCGAGUCACAGGGAGGAAGGAUCAAGGAACAAGAUUCGUAAAUAGAUCCGGUUCGAAUACAGAAUCAGAAAGCUUUGGAAUGAAAUUAAAUAGGUUCAUUCAGAUAGGGUGAAUAAUACAAAACUGAAUUGGCUUGACUAGACGGGGUAGAGACAAAACUCGGUCUUGCAAACUCGAGGUUCAUGCAACAUAUUCUGCGUCGGCACACGCCGAAAUGUCGCCUGCUGCA